AUGAGUGGGGAAAACCAAACCACUGUGGGGCCCUCAGAGCUCCCAGCAUCAUCAGCCGUGUCCCCUGGACCGGGCACUGGGGCCCGGGCAUGGCCUGUGCUGGUAGGGGUCGUGCUGGGGGCUGUGGUCCUCUCUCUCCUCAUUGCUCUUGCUGCCAAAUGCCACCUCUGCCGCAAAUACCGGGCCAGCUACCAGCACCGCCCGCUGCCCAGGACGGGGAAGGGGGUCUGCCCGGACGUGGGUGAAGAGGAGGACGACGGUUUCAUCGAGGACAAUUACAUUCAGCCCGGCGCUGGCGGGCUGGGGACUGAGGGCAGCAGGGACAACUUUUCCCUCUGA